CGCAGGGCCGGCGGCGGCGCCCGCAGAAGCGGAGACAGAGGAGGAGAUUGACCACCGGGUGAAGAGACGGCGGCUUCAGUGCAUGGGGUUUGCGUUGGUGGCGAAAUGCGACACCACGAUGGCCCACAACUUCCUGUCCGAGAACGACUGGCAGAUGGACAAAGCGCUGAGCGCCUACUUCGUGUUGAUCUAACCGACGAGGAUGCAAAUGAUACCACCAUUUUAGAAACCAGUCCAUCUGGACCUCCUCUAGAAGAUAGCAGCAUUAUCUCUUUCAUUACCUGGAAUAUUGAUGGACUAGAUGGAAGCAAUCUGCCAGAGAGGGCUCGAGGGGUGUGUUCCUGCCUAGCUUUGUACAGUCCAGAUGUGGUAUUUCUACAAGAAGUUAUUCCUUCAUAUUGUGCCUACCUAAAGAAGAGAGCAAGCAGUUACAAAAUUAUUACAGGUAAUGAAGAAGGAUAUUUCACAGCUAUAUUGUUGAAGAAAGGAAAAGCGAAAUUUAAAAGUCAAGAGAUUGUUCCUUUUCCAAAUACUAAAAUGAUGAGAAACCUUCUGUGUGUGAAUGCGAGUGUGGGUGGAAAUGAAUUUUGCCUUAUGACAUCCCAUUUGGAAAGCACCAGAGAACAUUCUGCGGAACGAAUAAGUCAAUUAAAAAUGGUUUUUCAGAAAAUGCAAGAGGCUCCAGAUUCAACUACUGUUAUAUUUGCAGGAGAUACAAACUUACGAGAUCAUGAAGUUAUCAAAUGUGGCGGUUUACCUGACAAUGUUUUUGAUGCCUGGGAAUUUUUGGGCAAACCCAAACAUUGUCAGUAUACAUGGGAUACAAGAACAAAUACUAAUCUCAGGAUUCCUGCUGCUUGUAAGCAUCGCUUUGAUCGAGUAUUUUUCAGAGCAGAAGAGGGCCACCUUAUUCCCCAAAGUUUAGACCUUGUUGGGUUGGAAAAACUGGACUGUGGUAGAUUUCCUAGUGAUCACUGGGGUCUCCUGUGCAAUUUGAGUGUAGUAUUGUGAAUAGCUUUCCAAAUUUGAGCUUUACAUGUUUGCAGUAGUUCUGGACCCAUACAGAUUUCAAUCUUUCAGGAAAGCUAGGUUUAACACAGAAGAAUUAAUAAACUGGAUCAUUAGUACAUCAAAAGUAGUUACAUUUUUACUUUGUAGCUUGUGUCCUAAGAAUUAAGCAUUGGUGUGUGUAAUCAAAGCAUGCUUUUGUUCAGAAUGUGUCAGCUGUUGUUAAGAGGACACAGAGCCACUCAGCUUGUAACAGUGCUCAUUGCUGCCAUUAGAACUUCAAGUAGUGGCCACAUUGUCUCGGGGCUAACAUUCACAGUACUAUUGCUAGGCACCAAAAUAAUAGUAAACCAUUUUAUUUAUUAAGAGAAAAAGCAAGCUACUGAAUUCUUCAGAAUGCAUUGUGUCUUUAUGUUUUGUAAGUUCAGAAACUUAAGUGACAAAGCCAUGAGCAUCUGCAGUAAAGUAGAUGACAGAUGUAUAUCAGACAAAUCUUGUCCGCUGAUGGUAUAUAAUGACUUCAGUUAUGAGUCAAUUUUGCACUUUGAGUUCCAGUAACUGUUCUGAUUAUAAUGUUUGUUUUUUUGUUUUGUUUUGUUUUCUUUCUGGUAAGUAACAAAGUUAAGCUUGGUAAUGAUUACACCCAGCUUAAGCCAUAUGGAAUUUUUUUUUUCUUAGAGAAAAGUAAGAAGAAAAGUAACCUUUUGGUUUUGUUACUGGUAAGAUGGAAAUACUUUUCAGGAAGUGAGUAAAGAAUAUAUUUUUUAAAAAUGUUCUGUAAAGAAAACAAUGUACUGUAAAUAAAGUAUUUUCCUUGUUUGUA